AUGGACCCAGUAGCACGUUCAGAAUCUGCUACGCCCCGAGCGUCUGGUGCCUCGACGCCGCAGCCACCGUCUAAAGUCCAGCAGCCUAAGCCACAAGCACUCCCCAGCAGGUCUGGUCCAUCUGCCAUCCUCGUGUCAACGCGACAAAAAGGCAAUCCGAUAUUGAAUCACAUCAAACUGCUGCCAUGGGAAUAUGCAGAUAUUCCGGCCGACUAUGUGGUCGGAAAUACCACCUGUGCUCUAUUUCUUUCCUUGAAGUACCACCGGUUACAUCCCGAAUAUAUCUACUCGCGAAUUCGUCUCAUAGCAGGAAAAUACCUUUUACGUAUUAUCCUGGUUAUUGUGGAUAUCCCGAAUCAUGAAGAAAGCUUGAAGGAGCUUUCGAAGACAUCCAUCGUCAAUAACUUGACGCUGAUCCUUUGCUGGUCUGCACCCGAAGCUGCACACUAUCUUGAAUUGUUCAAGUCUUCUGAAAACUCUCAACCUAUUGCUAUUCGCACGCAGCAAGCUCAGUCAUACAAGGAAUCUCUUGUUGAGUUCGUCACGACACCCCGAAGCAUUAAUAAAUCAGAUGCAGCAAGCUUGAUAUCUACGUUUGGGAGCCUGCAGAAUGCGGUUAAUGCCCAACCAGAGCAGAUCAGUGCAGUACCCGGAUGGGGUGAGAAGAAGGUCAGGCAGUGGUGUACUACAGUAAGAGAAGGCUUUAGGGCCGAGUCGGCGAAGAGGGUAACUGCCAGGGGAGGAAUCGCUAGAGGUCAUGCAACCGGGGUUGUUGAGGAUCAUGGAGACCGAACCUUCAAUUCUUUGGAAACAAGUGAAGACAACGCCGCAGAAUCAAUCCUAGCAGAUGCAGAGGAGGGUCGGCUAGAAACACGGAGACAAGCUAUCGAAGAGCGACGAUUGCAGGAGUCGAGUCAGCAGGAGGAAGAGAUGAGUGAGGGCAUCAUGGCGGCUCUGGCGAAGUAUCGACAGGACGGCGGUUGA